AUGGCCGCCGCAGUUUCCACCGUCGGUGCCAUCAACAGAGCUCCGUUGAGCUUAAACGGGUCAGGAGCAGGAGCUGCUUCAGUCCCGGCUACAGCCUUCUUGGGAAAGAAAGUUGUGACAGCGUCAAGAUUCCCACAGAGCACCAAGAAGAGCAAGGGAUCAUUCAAAGUGUUUGCAGUGGAUGAAGAGAAACAAACCGAAGGAGACAGAUGGGCUGGACUUUACUACGACACAUCUGAUGAUCAGCAAGACAUCACCAGAGGCAAAGGUUUGGUUGACUCUGUCUUCCAAGCUCCCAUGGGAACCGGAACUCACCACGCUGUCCUCAGCUCCUACGAGUACAUCAGCCAAGGCCUCAGGCAGUACAACUUGGACAACAUGAUGGAUGGAUUCUACAUUGCUCCUGCUUUCAUGGACAAGCUUGUUGUCCACAUCACCAAGAACUUCUUGACUUUGCCUAACAUCAAGGUUCCACUUAUUUUGGGUAUUUGGGGAGGCAAAGGUCAAGGUAAAUCCUUCCAGUGUGAGCUUGUCAUGCAAAAGAUGGGCAUCAACCCAAUCAUGAUGAGUGCCGGAGAGCUUGAGAGCGGGAACGCAGGAGAGCCAGCUAAGCUGAUCCGUCAAAGGUACCGUGAGGCAGCAGACAUGAUCAAGAAAGGAAAGAUGUGUUGUCUCUUCAUCAACGAUCUCGACGCUGGUGCGGGUCGUAUGGGUGGCACAACGCAGUACACUGUCAACAACCAGAUGGUUAACGCGACGCUCAUGAACAUUGCUGAUAACCCAACGAACGUCCAGCUCCCAGGGAUGUACAACAAGGAAGACAACGCACGUGUCCCCAUCAUCGUCACCGGUAACGAUUUCUCCACUCUCUACGCACCUCUCAUCCGUGACGGACGUAUGGAGAAGUUCUACUGGGCCCCGACCCGUGAGGACCGUAUCGGUGUCUGCAAGGGUAUCUUCAGGACUGACAAGAUCAACGACGAAGACAUUGUCACGCUUGUUGACCAGUUCCCUGGCCAAUCCAUCGAUUUCUUCGGUGCGUUGAGGGCGAGAGUGUACGAUGAUGAAGUGAGGAAGUUCGUUGAAGAGCUUGGAGUGGAGAAGAUCGGAAAGAGGCUAGUGAACUCGAGGGAAGGAGCUCCAGUGUUCGAGCAACCGGAGAUGACACUUGCGAAGCUUAUGGAAUACGGAAACAUGCUUGUCAUGGAGCAAGAGAACGUCAAGAGAGUCCAACUUGCUGACCAAUACCUCAACGAAGCUGCGUUGGGAGACGCAAACGCUGACGCCAUUGGCCGCGGAACUUUCUACGGUAAAACCGAGGAAAAGCAGCCCAGCAAGUAA